UUUUUGUGUUCAUUAACACAAUGAAUAAAGCAGUUUAGUGCAUCUUCAUUUGACUUGUUGAAUUAUUUCAUUCUUAAAUAUUAAAGACGGUCGGCUAUGAUUCCACUUUAAAUAUAAUUGAUCAAUUUAUUUUAAUACCUCUUGAAGGUUACACAAAUUUAUUGACAGUUUACAUAGAAACUGCCCUUUAAACUAAGUUCAAAUCUUAACUUAAUGCGGUGCCCUCACGAACAAUUGAAAUGGAGCUAACUACAAGAUCUGUAAUUAAUAGACUUGAAACCCAGGCAAUUGUACAAAGUAGUUGCCAAAAACUAGAUUCCAUAUACACAUCAACGGUCGCUACGAAAUCUGUCUAUGAAAACAAAAACAAAAACAAACUUAAAAGACUAAGUAUCGAAUUUGAAGAUAUAAAAUAUACUGUUCGAACUGGAAUUUUUAAAAGGGAAAACAAAACAAUAAUUAAAGGCUUGUCAGGCGAAUUUCGUAGUGGUGAACUGAGUGCCAUAGUUGGUCCAUCCGGAGCCGGCAAAAGUUCUUUGCUCAAUAUUUUAUCCGGAUAUGAAUUAACUGGAGCAAGUGGAAAUGUAUUUGUGAAUGGAACAAAACGGGAUGUUGAUUUAUUUAGAACAAGUCUAUCUUUUAUAAAGCAAAACACCGACUUGCAACCUUUUUUGACAGUUUCUGAAGCAAUGCACUUUUCUGCUAAUCUUAAAAUUGGAAAUAACCUAUCAGCUAGUGAGAAAAAACAAAGAGUACAAGAAAUUCUGCAUUCUGUAGGUAUUCAUAAGAUUCGAAAAAAUAGAACUGGGCAAUUGUCAGGAGGAGAAAAGAAAAGACUAGCGGUUGCAUUGGAAUUAGUCAAUAAUCCAACCGUUUUGAUUUUGGAUGAACCCACUACCGGACUAGAUGGUUCAAUCGCCAAUCAAUGCAUAUCUUUGCUCAAAAAACUAGCUCAAGAAGGCCGAACAAUAGUCUGCACAAUUCAUCAACCGUCAGGACUGGCUAUUGAAAUGUUUGAUGCACUCUACGCAAUUGCUGAGGGGAAAUGCAUUUAUUCGGGAGGGACGCUAAAUCUUGUUCCCUUUUUAGCACAACUCGAUCUAAAUUGUCCCGAAAUUUACAAUCCAGUUGAUUAUUUGAUGGAAAUUGCUACCAACGACUAUGGUAAACUAAAUUACAAACUUACUGAAAAAAUCAACAAUGGAAAAAACAAAGAUUUUAUAAAAUCCAAUCAAGCCGGUUACAUUAUACCAACAAACUCAGAAGUUGAAACUCAUCAAUCAUCUGCCAAAGAAAAACUAUUGAUCAAUAAUGAAAAUAACUUCGGUACAAAAGAUAAUAGUUUAGAUCCAAAUUUAAGUUGCUCCACACCAAAGAAAACACUAGAUGCAAAUAUGAUUUGCACAGGCGAGAAUUUUUAUGCCGCACCAUUUUAUCUUCAAAUAUUAAUUUUAUUAGAGAGGACAUUUUUGAUUCUUUGGAGAGAUAAAGGACUGACGUUAAUGCGAAUUGUUAUACAUUUAAUAAUGGCUACUUUGGUUGGAAUUUUGUAUUAUGGAAUUGGAAACGAUGCUGGCAACGCAUUAAAUAACUUCCGUUAUAUCUUUUAUACUUUGAUGUUUGUCAUGUAUACAGCAUUUUCUUCGAUAUUAGUUAACUUUCCAUUAGAGUUUCCAAUUGUGACUAGAGAGCACUUCAACAGAUGGUAUUCUCUGCGUGCAUACUACAUAGCAUUUACGCUUGCGGACAUUCCUAUUCAAAUGAUAUGCACUUCAGUGUUCAUUGUGAUAUCAUAUACUUUGACUGGUCAACCGAUAGAGCUUACAAGAAUAUCUCUUUUUGCAUUAAUAACACUUUUGACGGCUUUAGUUGCUCAAAGUAUUGGACUUGCUGUGGGAGCUUCUCUCAGCAUAAAGUAUGGAGCAAUACUUGGGCCGCUUUUCAUUUGUCCAUUUUUAGCGUUUUCAGGAUUCUUUUUACGUCAGAGCGAUGCUCAAGAAUGGCUUAAAUGGAUUUUCAGUAUAUCGUUUCUUAAAUAUGGCCUUGAAGGAGCAUCUUUAGCUAUAUUCGGAUACAAUCGCCCAAAAAUGGAAUGCCAUAAAAUAUAUUGUCAUUUUUCCAGGCCGAAAACAUUUUUAAAGAACAUUGGUAUGGAAAAUGGAAGUUUUGAAACAGCUGCAUUGUUUUUGUUAGUUUUGUUUCUUAUGCUAAGAAUAAUUGCAUUUUAUAUAAUGUCAUUUAGGAUUAGAAUAUUCAGAUAAAAAUAAGCACUUUUGUAUAUAAUAUUUUUGGUGUAGUCAGGAAAGUUGUUCAAAAUGUCAUUACUUCAAGCGAGUUAAAGAAAAAAAUCUAAUUUUUGCUUAUUUCAACAGUAGGAAAUGCCUUUAUUAAGUUUUGGCAUAGUUGAUAUGGAAUGGCAUAAUAAAGCCUUCCAAAAGCCUUCUGAUAAAAAAACUAUCAAGCAAACUAGGUGAAUAAAGUUCAUACCCUACUUGAGGAAGGUCUUUACAAUUAACUACUUCGCAUCGACUGUUCAGGUAACCAUUAAGGUACCUUGCGAAGUUAAAGUGUGUAGUUUAAUGCAGACAAUAUUUACUUUUACGAUUUUCGAUCGUACGAGGAGCACGAGAAGGAUUUUCUGUAGAAAAAUACGAUUUUAGAAAUGUGUUCAGAAUUAUUUAAAUGUUUAAAUUUUGCAUUUCAAAUCGUUUUAUAGUUUUUAAUAUGAUUUAGUUUGAGAAGUUUUAACCUAACCCUUUGCUUUCUAGCAGUUUAGGGAAUCAUAAAACUUAUACUAUUCUGGAGUUGCAAUCAAUUGUUAAAUUUAAAACUUUGCCAUUUCUCGACUUUUUUAGUUUUUACAAUCUAAAGCCGUUGUGUUAGAGAUAUGUAUAUGUUCGUACGUCUGUACGUUCGAUUUUUUGCCUAACAUUAAUAACUAGUAAUAAGCCAAAAUGCUAAUUCAAGAACUUUGAAAGUUUAACCUGUGUUCUGUCGUGAUAUUCGAAUUUUUGUAGUUUUUAUUUUUUGGAAAAAUCAGUCAAAUGUAUUUUUCUUGACUUUACUAGUUCACAUAAAAAUCUACACAAUUGUUAAUUCUCGAGACAUUCUAGUCAAAAACUAAUUUUUAGUAGUAGUAUUUUUGCAGAUUGUCGAGCCAAAAAUUAGUUUUCAGGUGAUCAUUUAAUGAAAAAGAAAAUAAACUGGAAUAUUAUUAUUAUUAUUUAUUAGUAACAGUCAAUUUAAAGUACAUGAUAAUAUUAAGGUUUAAGAACCUAGCUAAACUACAGAGACUAUUAGCUUAUAAUUAGACGAUAAGAUAAAAGUUUAAGAGUCUCUUUAAUGUUGAAUUAAUGUUUCGCCUUUUAAACUGAUAUAUUUGGUUUACACUAGAUCCGAAAUCUAUGUCACUAUAUUAUUUGUGUUUUAAGUGUUAACGGUUUCCCCAUUUUUUAAAUCAAUAACCUGAAGAAAUAAUGUUAUUUUUUGUUCACCUAUUCUGAUCGAUUUAAUGCGUUUCCGGAACUAUUCAUUGUACAAAAAACAAACUCGUAAAAACCUUUUUUUUUUUUAAUUUCAACACUCGAUCACUUGAAGGAAGGAAAGAACUGGAAACCAAUUUAAUUUAUAAAUUUGAAAUAUUUAUUUUAUUUGCCCACACCGUUUUGAACCAAAUCCGUUCAGGUAUUUGUGCAAAUUAAAAUAUUUUCCUUUUUUAUACAAGUUUAAAUUGUAUGUAAGACUGCAUGGAAUGUAAUGAAAUAAAUGGCAGAACAACUUUCCCUUACACCGAACAAUUAUUUUAAAAUCACUUUUAUACAUACAUAUACAAUAUAUCACAUUUUUUAAUUUUAAAGAAACAUAAUUAGCUUUAUUAUAAAAUGUACAUCACUAUUAUUUACACAAUAAAGAGGUUUAUAAUUUUCCAGUCAA